AGCCGCCUCGGCGUUGACCCGCCGACUGCCACGCUCACUACCAACCACCACCCCACAGUCUCCAUACCCCAGAUCGACGCCCUUGCUGGCUUACCUGCCUCGCGAUGGCAUCCUCAUCAGCCUCACCGGGCCCCAUGCCGCUGCCGCGCUCCUUGCGCCCCCUCAUCUUGGAUAUCCUCUCCAAGUCCGACCUUGAAUCAGUGACGCCUCGAGCGCUGCGAGGCGACCUAAUCAACAUCCAGCGAAGUCACAACAUCAGCCCGCCAGCAGACACGACGCGCCUCAUUCCGAGCGGAUUCGACUUCGAGGCCAACAAGAAGGCGGUGACUAGCCUGAUCAAGGAGUGCUACGAUGAUGUAGCCGCGCAGCAGCAGCAGCAGCAGCACAAGGCGCCAGAGGUCAAGGCAGAACCGCCUGCUGAAGUCAAGCCUAAGCUGCCGGCUCUCAACGGCAGCAGCAAUGGCGGAGGAGGAGGACUAGCAUUACCAGGCUUGGGCGGCGUACGAGGUGACUCAGCAAGCGCAGCAACGCCCAAAGCAUCACCGCCAGACGCAAUCGCCGCCCAAUCAGCAUCAGACGCAGCCCUGGCAGCCAAGCUCCAACAGCAAUACUCUGCCUCGGCUGGCCCUUCAACAAGAGGAGCGGCCACGACCAAUGGCUCCUCAUCCUCAGCAAAGAAGCGCAAGAAGUCAAAGAAGGCAAAUACAGAUGAGAUCGACUCGGAAGAGGACUCGGACAUCGAUUCAACAUCAGCCUCCCCAGCUCCUGGCAGCAGGAAGGCGAAGAAGACCAAGUCUUCUUCAACACGCGCCUCGAACCCGAACAACCCCUUCAAUCGUCCCGUACUCCUCGAUGCAGCCAUGGCCGACAUAUGCGGAGGAGACGAGAUGCCUCGUCACGCCGUCGUGAAACAGCUCUGGGCCUACGUAAAGGGGAGAGACCUGCAGAACCCUUCCAACAGGAGACAGAUCAUGUGCGAUGACAAGUUGAAGAACUUGUUCGGAAAAAGCGUGGUAGAUAGCUUCGAGAUGAGCAAGUUGAUCAGCAAUCAUGUAAGGAAGAAGGAAGAUGUGCUGCCUUGAUACCGAAGAGGCCGAGAAGAGGAAAACGCUUGGAAUGCUCCGAAUUACUACGCUUAGCUACGAUACAAUGUCACGGAUAUCCCACUGCUACCCUCGUCCUACUUGUGACGCCUGCUUCUCCUCAUCAUCGCCUGUUACCCCUCUCGCUGCUUCUGCCUCUUCCUCUUCCCUCAACCUAGCCAGUCUCAACAUCGUCAUUCCAGUAGAGGCAGUAACGGGCGUGGCGUCAUCUUGCUGCCCGUCAGCUGCACGCCCAUACUUGGCAAGCGUCUCUUCCUUUGCUCGUCUUCUCCUUUCCCUCCUUAACUCCUUCUCCCUCGCCGCCUGUCGUUGCUCCUCAGCCUCCUCCUCCUCACGCUGC